GUAGUAAACCAAUAAGAUGUAUAAAUAGGAAGAGAGUUUAUUUGGUUUUGUAGACCAUUCAAGUUUUGAGUUUAAAAAAAUUGAAAUGGCAAUUAUAUUUCUUGCUAUUUUAACUUCAAUUAUUGGAGUUUUAAGCUUUUACCUCUGGACAUGGAGUUACUGGAAGCGUCGUGGAAUAGCUGGACCAUCUGGCUAUCCAAUUCUGGGAAGCGCUUUGGAAAUGUUGAGCUCAGAAAAUCCACCAUAUCUCCAACUGAAAGAGUGGACAAAGCAAUAUGGAAAGGUUUAUGGAAUAACUGAAGGACUCUCAAGAACACUAGUGAUUUCGGAUCCUGAUUUGGUGCAGGAAGUGUUUGUGAAACAAUAUGACAAUUUCUUUGGGAGAAAGCUGAAUCCAAUUCAAGGAGAUCCGAAUAAGGACAAGAGGGUCAACUUGUUCUCGUCUCAAGGUCAUCGAUGGAAGCGGCUGAGAACUAUUUCGAGCCCAACUUUUUCUAAUAAUAGUUUGAGAAAACUGAAAACAACCGUCGAAGAAUGCGCCGUGGAACUAUUGAGACACAUCGAGCAACACACUGAUGGCGGGCAACCAAUUGAUUUAUUGGAUUUCUAUCAAGAAUUCACUCUCGACGUAAUUGGACGUAUUGCAAUGGGACAAACCGAUUCUCAAAUGUUCAAAAACCCGUUGCUCCCAUAUGUCAGGGCAGUAUUUGGAGAACCACGAAAAGGGCUUUUCCUCUCCGGAUCACUUGCUCCAUGGAUUGGACCGAUUCUCCGAAUGGUUAUGUUUUCAUUGCCGAAUAUAGUGAAGAAUCCAGCGGUACACGUGAUUCGUCAUACUUCAAAUGCAGUGGAACAAAGGGUUAAACUGAGAAUGGCCGAUGAGAAAGCUGGAAUUGAUCCAGGAGAGCCCCAAGAUUUUAUCGAUUUGUUUUUGGACGCAAAAUCGGAUGACGUAGAAUUAGAGAAUAAUGAGGAUUUUACAAAAGCCGGAGUGAAAGUCACUAGACAAUUGACGACUGAGGAAAUUGUUGGGCAGUGCUUUGUAUUUUUAAUUGCUGGAUUCGAUACAACAGCCUUAUCACUAUCAUAUUCUUCAUUCCUCCUGGCAACUCACCCAAAGGUUCAGAAGAAAUUACAAGAAGAAAUUGAUAGAGAAUGUGCAGAUCCAGAAGUUACAUUCGAUCAACUAUCAAAGUUGAAGUAUAUGGAAUGUGUUAUAAAGGAGACGCUCAGAAUGUAUCCGCUGGGAGCUUUAGCAAAUUCUCGAUGUUGUAUGAGAGCUACUAAAAUUGGAAAUUACGAAAUCGAUGAAGGCACAAAUAUUCUUUGCGACACAUGGACACUUCAUUCGGAUAAGAGUAUUUGGGGAGAGGAUGCUGAAGAGUUUAAGCCUGAAAGAUGGGAAUCAGGAGAUGAGCAUUUCUAUCAAAAAGGAGGAUAUAUUCCAUUUGGAUUGGGACCUCGACAGUGUAUCGGAAUGAGAUUGGCCUAUAUGGAGGAGAAGCUUCUUUUGUCACAUAUUCUCAGAAAGUAUACAUUGGAAGUUUGCAAUAAGACCCAGAUUCCGUUGAAGCUUAUUGGUUCAAGAACUACACAACCGGAAAGUGUCUGGUUGAAUUUGACGCCGAGGGAUGAUAAUUGAAUUAUUAUGGGUCAUUUUUGAUAUUGUAAAUGUUUAUAAUUGAUAUCCAAAUCCAAUAUAUUGGAUAUAAAUUAUUUGUUCUCA